AUGGUUGUUCUCGACCUCUGUGCGCGUCUCAUCAGCAAAAUGCCCAAGGAGAAUCUCAUCAAAUAUACCUUCUGGAUCGUAUUUGCUGCAACAUAUCUUGCGGGACAACUUGCAGUGGUACUAGAAUGCAGGCCAUUUUAUCUCUAUUGGCAGAUAUUCCCUGAUCCUGGUAAAUGUGUCAAUGGCAAUACGUGGUUGAUUACCUACGAGGUGGGAAACCUGAUUACUGAUAUCAUGCUGCUGGUGUUUCCAUUCCCUGUUUUAUUUGCAGCAAAAGUCCGCUGGCAAAAGAAAGCGCAGUUAUGCUCAUUAUUCAGUAUUGGGGUAUUCCUUGUUGCCGUCAGCUGCGUCCGAAUCAUUCAAGGCGUUCCCCAUGCUCGCUCUCAGUUAAGCCGCACGGUAUGGGGUUCGGUCGAAACACUAUUCGCUUCGAUCGUUGCUCAAGUACCUACACUAUAUACGCUUCUCCGCAACACUACUCAGACUAGUAGUUACCAGGUCCCUGAGGAUACGUAUCGCCUAGCAUCCACGACCAACCAGACGUCUCGUUCGAAGGCCAGACGAAGCGACAAAGGAGGCGAUAUCGAGCUCGGUGACAAAGCAUUCGAUGGCAACGAUGAUCUCUAUCGUGCACGAGGCUAUGCUGACCGAACAAUGAGUCCCAGGCCUGCUGAUGCUGAUGGCGAAAAUGAAAGCACUAAGGGGAUACUAGUCACGGUUGACAUAACUCAGGUCGAGAAGAGUGAAGCUCGGCAAAGGAUCACCGAGGUCUCGAGUCAACACAGCUAA